AUGGCUCCGACUCCGAGCGCCGCCGGCGGGCUGCGGAACCGGAGACUCCCGUGUGCCGCUACCGGCGACCGCCGCGGCCCGCCAGUCGCCUCGUGACGCCCGUGACGCCGGUCUCGUCUGUCGGCACGUCUCCGGAGACACAAGGAGAGGAGGCGCAUAGAGAGGAGAGAGACACAGAGUUGCGGACGGCGUGGACGGGACUGGUGGAGACAGGAGGACGGCAGAGCCGCGUAUCUGAGGCGGUGAUAUAUAAGAGGCGCCGCCAUGCCGCCGCUGGGUGUCCGGUCCCGGCUGCUGCCGCUGCUCCUGCUGCUGUCAGCCACCGUCACCCAGAUUAUGUCUUCUCCGGCAUCUGAUGAACAGACGACGUCUCAGCCCAACUACCGAGAAACCAAGCCCAACAAAUUUGUCUCGGUGAACGUGGCCUGUACCAAGUCCACUCUGAUGGUGGUAGCCGCCAUGAACGACCCCUUCUACGGCCUCGUGUACGCGCGCGGCUUCCCGCAGACAUGCCGCUCCCACAGCCACGGACAGCGCCGCGUCAAACUGAAGGUCAACGUCGAGGACUGCGGGGUCAAGGUCGUCGAGGACGAGAACGAGAGCACGCACUACGAGAUGAUGGUGUACGUGCAGUACGACCGUCACGUGCAGCAGGCCAUUGACGAACAGGUGCUGGUCCGCUGCAACCCCGACGAGCGGAUCGUCGUCAAGGCGAGCAUGAGCCAGCCGCGGGACGCUGAGCCGGAGGUCACCGAGCGACCCCGGCCGCUGCUGGUCAAGGCCGCCAGGCUGGCGGAUGACGUUGAGCGUUUGCCCGGGCACGCUGGCCGCUUCGCUGGUCUUCCCGCGGGAGGUGACGCCGAUGGGUCACCCUCAGCCGCCUCCGGCCGCCGGUCAACUGCCGGGGACGACCCGUCGCCCACGGCGGAGAGGCACACGGCGGACGCCGACACCGUCUACAGCGAAGCUGACGGGGAGCUGGCUGAUGAGCGGCGCCGGGAGCAGCAGCGGCCGGAGGUAGCCCGCUGCUGGCUGGACAUCCUCAAAGGAGAGGGAAUCCACGGCGACGCGUACUUUGAGCACCUGGAUGUGGGCGACCCCACCACCAUGGUCAUCAAGACGCGCUUCAACGACCAAUCAGAGUCGCCUCCGAUGGACGUACUGGUGACCAACUGCAGCGCGCACGACGGCAGCAUGGCGCGCUCUCAGCGGCUGAUUGACGAGGAUGGGUGCACCAUAGACUCGGCUAUCAUGUCACCGGUGAUCGAGCACGAGCAGCACGGCGCCGGCCACCGGCUGCACUACAGCACGUUCAACGCGUUCAAGUUCCCGGACCGGUCGAGUCUGCACCUGCGCUGCACGGUGCUCGUGUGCAGGGGCCAGUGUCCGCGGCGGCACUGCCGCUCGCGGCGCCGACCGAGCCGCGCGGCCCGCCUCGGGCUGGGUCUGGUGCGGCCGGUCACCGACGCCGAGCUGCGCGCCGCCGGACACUACCCGAUUGACCGUCUGCUGAGAACGCUACAGAUGGAGAUCAAGGAGGGAAGCACGAUCGUCGACAGGAUUGAGGUGUUCAACUCUGCCGAGGUGCAGGCGCCGGGCAUCGAGGGCGUACCGACCCGACUGCGCUCCCAGGAGCCGCCGGCAGAUCGCGCUGAUCGUCCGUCUCGCGGUGCCGGCGGCGGCGAGUCGUACCUCUCCGACGACCGCCUGCUGUGCAUGACCUCGUCCCGGCUGCUGCUGUCGUUCGGCGUGCUGCUGGCCGUGCUGAUGGCCUCGCUGCUGCUGGCGCUGCUGCUCUGCGUCCGACAGCGCCAGCAGGCCAAGAAGCUGCGCACGCUGCAGACCUUCCAGCGGAUGGGCACGCCGGCACCCACCCCGCACUACUACCGUGUCGGGCCGCUGUAGGGUGCCGCGGCCAGCCGGGGCCGCGGGGACGGCCAUUGGUUGACGUGUUCGACUUGGCCAGAUUCGGGCAUAUUUGAAAAGAGACGGUGCAGUGGCUAGUGCAUUUCUGUUGUGUUGCUAUAGUCGUUUUGCUUUAGUGUAUAUCAAUGUCAGAGAUCUGUUGGGGAUGUUGCGAACGCAGAUUGUUCGUCUCAAGGCAGGCCACAAGAAGCUGGCAGCCGUUGUACAGCGCAGGUGUUUACUAUGCUCUGUGGGCGCGGGACCAAAGAAGUAUGUUUGUUGUUACCUGAUAUUCCGGGCAUUUUGACGGCGCUUUAUACUGGAAUGAUCAAGCAUUGGUAUUGCGGCAAGGCAUUGAUAUUGCUUAGAUAACUUAUCCAGAGGUGUAUUGUGCAUGCGCAGUUUGCACAAGUGUAAGCUCCAGAUUUCUACGUCCAUCAGAGUGCCUUGAAUACCGUGUAUCAUAGUCGUAGUUUUUCUGUGAUUUGUAGUAGUUUCUGUUUCUCUGGAUUUGCGUGCCGCUUAUAAGUAUUGCGCCGGGAGUUCAGGCUACUGGAACCUGCUGCCCUGCAAAUAUGGUAAAAGGCCGUGACAUCGACAUCAUUGACGCUUCAAUUAAGGCAACACCCAACGGCUAGCCUUAUUAAGGGGUGCUGCCAAAAGCAUUCUGCAUUUGUUUUUGAUGAGUUGUUCGAUGUAAAUAAAGUGUGAUG